AUGAGGGAGACGUUCCUCGACAACAACCUCAUGGACGGCGCUUCUCCGGGACGUUCUCUUUUGCAUUUCCAGCGGCCGCACCUCCGACGAUGCCCUUAUGAUCUAAGCUCUGCCACCUUUAUCGGGCGCGUCAACUCGAAUCACAAACAUUUCCGCAGCACCGCUGAGCUUGACGGUGGACUUGACGGGUACAACUGGAAGAUCCGCUUUGGAAAGGGCGGUCCCGCUUUCGUCUUGAAAUUGUUCUGGGAUGCCCGAGCUCCCAAACCUCCCCAUUACUUCGCUGCUCCCGCCGCCCAUCGAGGUGGCCAGGGUCAAACGCUUCAUUGA